UCUUUUUUCGAUGACAAUGUUUUCGUUCUAGAUUUAUUUAUGUAUUCGUUUGGAAUCGUACAGUAGAAUAUAUAGCUUAAAAACUGUUUCUUACUAGCCUAAAUUGCACAUAAAGUAAAAAUUAAACGGCCGGCUAGUUACGGUACAGUUGUCAUGGUAACACUACACUAACCAUCUUUUUUCUUUUGCUUUCUUUCCUUCGUUCUAAACUUUCUCCGUUCUAAACUGUUAAGGGAACUCUUUUUGCGUUGUGCUUGUAACACUAUAUAUUCGUUGUGCAACUACCUUUUCUUCUGCUUCUGCUUCUUUUGUAUUUUGGUUUCUCGAGAAAAAAACCGAAACAGUCACCUCUACUAAUGGAGCUUAUUGGAAACAGUUACAAAGGAAGUACAAAAAAUGGAAGGAUGGAUGGUGAAGGUGAGUACACCUUUCUCACAGACACUAAGUAUGUCGGAGAAAUGAAAGAUGGGAUGUUUCAUGGCAAAGGCUUGCUGUUCUUUCCAAAUGGAAGCAAAUAUGAAGCCACCUGGGAGAACGGCUUAGCUAAACAGGGGUCAUUUACCUUUGCGGAUGGUCUGCAGUACCAGGACAACAACUGGGACUACUGCAAUGCUUAUGACCGGCGUUUCCACAGCGAAAGAUCCAAUGGAUUUAGACCAGCAGGAGAAACUCAGCUGACUAAUGUACAUCCACCACCGUCUAUUCCUGAUGGCUGCUACGAUUGUGCAGAUGGUUUCUAUGACCCAAACUCCAGAGUUGUCACUUCCUACACUGGCAGAUUCCUCAGGAAUACAGAUGACUCGGAACAUGAGUGGAUUGUGCGCACAUGUCGGAAGGCUUGGGAUGAGCCUGCAGGUGGUGAUCCUCAAAACUCUUUUGCAACCAGAUCUGAGGAGAACAGCAAGAUUGUCUCAUAAUUGUGUUUUCAUUUGUACUUUUUGUAUUUUACAUAUUAAAACUUUGUUCAAUAAACAUUGUGUUUUUUUAAAGUGCACAAAAGACCCACCUUCAUAAAUAAAAAAUUAUUAUUUUUUUA